GAUUUAUACCAGACUAUUCCUAGCAGCAGUUACAAAUAGAGAAAUAAGAGUUCUGGGGGAGAAGGGGUUGGAAUAAAGCUCUAUUGCUUGCCUACCUAACAUGCAUGAUCAGUUCCAGCACCACAUACACCAGAUGUGGUGCGCACCUGUGAUCCCAAUACUGGCAAGGAGGAGACACAAAGAUCCUAAGUUCAGAGUCUGAGGAGCAACUGCUAGCUCGUAUGUACAGAGAGGCACACGUCCCAGAACCAGGAGGAACCAGCCAAGUGCCAGUCUGGCCAAACCAAUCAAAGCCGUGCCCCUGCUUACUGACUUACACACACUCGUGCACAUACAUGGUCCUCUCUUUCUGAGUCCUUUGCAACUGUGGAUUCUGUUGAAAUCAAACAGCUCCCCCCACCCAGGCCCAGCACUCUGCUCACCCCUGCUUCUCCCCAGAUUCCUUUGUCCAUCUGACUACCAACCAGGCAGCUACCACCCUCCCUCCUAGUGGGGCCACGCCCUUCACCGGUUCUUUCUGCUACCAUCAGAUCAUUUUUCUCCAGGUUAUGGGCUUCAGAGCAGGGUUGUUUUGUUCCCUUAGAGAGGCAUGCAUCAGAUUUAGAGGCUUACUGGAAAAAAAGAGUGAAGACUUGACUGGAGACCAUCUCACCCCAGCCUGGCUGCAAACCCCCCGGAAUGCACUGGGCAUGGCCUCUGGAGCCGCACAGAACAGCAGCCAGAUGGCCUGUGACCGUGAGAUCUCAGGCUUCCUGGAUGCAAUCCUCCAAGACUUCCCAGCCCCACUGAGCCCGGAGAGCCCUUUGCCAUGGAAGGUCCCAGGGACAGUCCUGAGCCAGGAAGAGGUGGAAGCUGAGCUGAUCGAGCUGGCAAUGGGCUUCCUGAGCAGCAGGAAUGCUCCCCCAUCGUUUGCUGCGGCUGUGACCCACGAGGCAAUUUCCCAGCUGCUACAGACAGACCUUUCUGAAUUUAAGAGGUUGCCUGAACAAGAGGAGGAAGAGGAGGAGGAAGAGGAGGAAGAGAAAGCCCUCAUGACCUUAUUAGAUGCCAAAGGCCUGGCACGGAGCUUCUUUAACUGCCUUUGGAAAGUCUGUAGCUGGUGGCAGAAGCAGGUGCCGUUGACUGCCCAGGCCCCUCAGAGGCAAUGGCUGGUCUCUAUCCAUGCCAUCCGGAACACACGACGCAAGAUGGAGGACCGACAUGUGUCCCUUCCUGCUUUCAACCAUCUCUUCGGCUUGUCUGACUCUGUGCACCGUGCCUACUUUGCUGUGUUUGAUGGUCAUGGAGGCGUGGAUGCAGCAAGGUAUGCCUCUGUCCACGUGCACACCAAUGCUUCUCACCAGCCAGAGCUGUUCACAAACCCUGCUGCAGCUCUCAAAGAAGCCUUCCGGCGCACCGACGAGAUGUUUCUCCAGAAAGCCAAGCGAGAGCGACUGCAGAGCGGUACCACAGGUGUGUGUGCGCUCAUCGCGGGAGCAACCCUGCAUGUUGCCUGGCUUGGAGACUCCCAGGUCAUCCUGGUACAGCAAGGACGGGUAGUGAAGCUGAUGGAGCCGCACAAACCGGAGCGUCAGGAUGAGAAAGCACGAAUUGAAGCACUGGGUGGCUUUGUUUCUCUCAUGGACUGCUGGAGAGUCAACGGGACCCUGGCAGUGUCUAGAGCCAUUGGAGAUGUCUUCCAGAAGCCCUAUGUGUCUGGGGAGGCCGAUGCAGCAUCCAGAGAGCUAACAGGCUCGGAGGACUACCUGUUGCUUGCCUGUGAUGGUUUCUUUGAUGUCGUCCCCCACCAUGAAGUCACGGGUCUCGUCCAUGGCCACUUGCUCAGGCACAAGGGCAAUGGGAUGCAUGUUGCUGAGGAGUUGGUGGCUGUGGCUCGUGACCGGGGCUCCCAUGACAACAUCACAGUCAUGGUGGUCUUCCUUAGGGAGCCCCUGGAGCUGCUAGAGGGUGGAGUCCAGGGGACAGUGGAUGCUCAGGCAGAUAUAGGAAGCCAGGACUUGUCCACUGGCCUCUCAGAACUUGAGAUCAAUACCUCACAGAGAAGCUAAAUGGUCCAGGCCUCCAGGCCCCAUCCGGACUCUCCCUCUGCCCUUGUGAUCCUCCCCUUCAAAGACCUUAGAUCCAACAGGUAUAGUGGGCAGGGGUGCACACCCUCACAGCAUUCCCUUAGCACCCCAGCCCUCCAUGUUGCCUACCACAGCCUGUCCUCAUGGCUGCAGAACUGCAGUAGGCAACAAGUGGAUCUCAGAAGGAAGCAUAGGAAAAUGACCUCACAGAAGAGUAGCUGACUGAGGUGAUCAGGGCCGGACAGGUCUGGGAACAGAAACCACAGGCACCUGCUGGUAGCCUAACCAAAAACACAGGUCAGGUCUUGGGGGACCCUCACACAGAUCCUGGGAUGAGAUCUGCAGCCAGGUGUCCAGCCCAGGCUUGUGGCUUCUCGUUGUACCCAAGGCUGGGAGGGUUUGGUCUGUACUAACACACAAGCUCGAAGUCCCUGCUUGACUGCUGGCUUCUCAAAGAGGAGACAUUGGUCUUGCUGGGAGGCGCCCCAGGAGAGUGACCCACUGCCACUCCACUCUAACUGCGUACCAAGGCCACUGGGGUUUUCUAGACCUUACUCUUCCCUUGAGCUUCCUGGGAAGGUGAAGUCAGAUGUGUGUGUGUGUCUGUGUGCUUAGAUUUACUGCAGGGAAAGGUCUAAUCCAGAAUCAGUAUUCAGGCUUUGUCAUGUUGUAUCAGUGCCAAGGUGACCCGCAAGGUCAUGUAACUUAAGCAAAGCUUAGCAUUUAUUUUAUUCCUGAAAACUCAAGUAUUUUACUUUUUUGUGUGUGUUCGUGGAGACAUUUGCAGUAUUACUGAUUUUAUUUUUUCCUAAAUAGGGAUGGAAACAAAUUUUUCCAGGUUAUGUUAAUAAGCCACUUAAGUGCCUUAAACAGCUUUGGUGUGGAUGAGAACUGCUGGGCAGACGUGUUGAGGUUCUCAAAAAGGCAGCAUUUGUUGUGGGAAGGCACGCUUUCAGCCAGCACUCUUCUGGGAAAGUCCUUUUGUGCUUCUGGGCGCCUCAGAACUUCCUUGAAGUGAUGGGUAAAGGCUAUGACCGUGGGCUGUGACACUUGCCUCCUUGCCCACCCUUGGAGUCUGGCGGACCCCAGCUGAGAACCUUACUGCUCUUGGCUAGAAGACUGAGACUCUCAGGGUGCUUGCAGUUGUGUUGAUUGAGUUGUUGAGGACACUGCUUAGGUGAGGAACUUUGGCAAGCCCAGCAGUCCACCAUCUUUCUCCUGUGACUCUGUCCUGACCUGAGCAGCAUGAAAGACCUCCACAUCCCUAGAGCAGUGAUGGAUUCAGUCAGGCAAGGAAACCAAGCGAGGAGUGGGGGGAUACCCAGCGUAGAAGGACGAGGAGGCCCUUAACAAGGGCCAAGUGAGUCAAGGCUGCUCUCUGCAGACACUGGCAGGUCCAGAGAAUAUUGGGUGGCUUAGCAGAGGCUCAGGGAAGGAUCAGUAGGAAGAAGGGUGGCUGUGAGGUCCCCACCUGUAGAGUGAAAGCCCUAGUAAGACUGGCAAAGCUUUGUUCAGCACACCUAAGCCCUCUUAGAAAAGAAGCAAGGGUGCUCAUACCUGUUCCCCUGAGGCAAGUCCACUUCCAGCAGUAGGGGAGCGAGCCAGCCAAAUGCGAUUGGGCACACCACCUGUAUGUUUGGCAUUUACCCAUUCCCAAAGUAGGGAUGGAAGAGCUGGGGCCAUGUAGUUGAGUCCUUGAUCAAGUCCCCUGAUGGCUGCCCACCUAAUAACGAGGUAUUGCUUAUCUUGAAGGCCUGCUGCCUUCUUGGGGGGCGGUGUCAGAAUCCAGGAUCCUCAGAGCCAUCUCAACACAGGGUGUGGUUGUUGGUCCAGCCUGCCUUGAUAGAGGGAGAUAAAUUGAUUUUGGUUUUCUCCCAUUUUUGCUAACCUGUUCAUUGCUGGUAAGAGUGGAAUUUGGGCCUCCUUGGUGGUCUGGAUUCAUACUCGAAUGUAAAGAUGUGCCAAAUAUCAAGGUGUAAAGGGAAGCCCCUUUCCCAGGCUUGUCUGAGUGCCUCCCCUACCCUUUCCCCUGCCUGGCAGUGGUCUGGGACCAACAUCAGGCAGUGCUCCAUCCUGAUCUAGUGGCCAAGGGAGACCACAUUCUCCCAUUGUUGAGGACUGGCCUUGUGCUAGUUCCUAGGCACAGAGAAGGACUCUCUUGGACUGGAGUUGCCAGUACCAAGCCUCCAAGACUUGUUGGCCACCUCCUCCUCAGACUCUCAUCCCAAAAGAAUCCCCUAGCCAGGAUAAUGGGUGGCUUAGCAGAGGCUCAGGGAAGGAACAGUAGGAAGAAGGGUGGCUGUGAGCUCAAGUCCCCCCCUUUGCCACCAUCACAGUGUAUGAGCGGAACCAGUCACUGUACCUCUCAGGCCUCAGGGUAAGGCAUGGAGGGCAUGCAUAGCAUUACCAGGAGCUGCCAGAGCAGGGGAGCCCAUCCUCCACCAACAGCAGAGAGGGGUUAAGUAUUAUUAGUGUCUAUUCUUAAAAUUAAGUGGGCUGGAACAGAGCUGAGUUACAGGCGCCAGCGUCUUACAUGGAUACAAAAGCUGAAGCCGUCAGCCUGCCUUUGCAGGUACAGCUGCCUCCCAACUAAGGCCUGGAGGCGUAAGAGGUGGGAGGGUACAAGCAGGCUUUAAGGAAUGUUGAAGCAGGGUACCUGCAGCAUGGCUUUGGGAGUCUCCAGAGCUCAUGGUGGGAGAGGCAGGCACCAGCACCUAGAGGUCUUAAAAGCCCUGCCAUUCACCAUGAUCUGUCUGCCCCUGCCCUUUCGGGUUCUGCAUGCAGUGCCCCCCCCCCCCCCGCCUCUCCUGAUGCUAAGUUACGGCAUGGGUGUCCUGGCUACCUCAACUGUAUUCUCAAGGCCAGAAGGAUGGCUCCGACCAUACUGUACGGAAGCCAGGCCAAUUUGUAUGAAGCAAGCUGGGCUUCUGGUUUGACUCAGCCUCUGUAGCCUCCAGGGACCACCCUCUAGAGUCCUGUGCUUUCAUGGACUCUCCUGCUUCACCAAACACACCAAGCUUUGCCAUUUACAUGCCAUGUGGGCCUUGCCAAGGGUUAUUUCAGGGGUCAUCCUGGGAGUCUUGUUCUAAGACACCAUGUUUCUUUAGUCUUAGGGACAAGUCCCAAGGUGAUGAGCUCAUAGGACAGUCUUCCCAUGGGGCCCUGUACUGGUGUCAAUAAACCAUAUAUUCAA